AUGGCGACAUUUGCUUUCAUUUCAACCACGUGAUCUUGUUGCGUUCAUCCAUAGCAGUUGAAUUUUUUUUUGACGCUCAUGAGUUCACCGUGGUUCACGAAACGACACUUUAAUCUUAUCAGACUAUUUGAUGGAAGUGACUGAAGACAAUCAACAUCAGUUUCAAAAGAAGAUGGAAAAUGAAGAUGGAAACACAGUCAUUUCACAGACUGAAAAGAAUUCCACCCAAAAACGAGCUGGAAAAACUGGAGUCAAGGGAUCUUUCACCUGCUCUCAGUGUGGAAAAAAUUUCACACAGAAAAGAAGACUUAUCAUACACAUGAAAAUUCACACUGGAGAAAAACCGUUCACAUGCACUCAGUGUGAAAAGACUUUCAGUUGCAAAAGCGGUCUCAAUGAUCAUCUGCGCCGUCACUCUGGAGUGAGAUCAUUCAGCUGUGAUCAGUGUGAUAAAACAUUUGUUGUUUCAUCAGGCUUAAGAUCACACCUUAAAGUUCAUGCUGGCGUGAAGCCUCACUUUUGUUCAUUUUGUGGAAGGAGUUUUUCACGACUGUACUCUUUAAAAGAGCACGAGCGUAUUCAUACUGGUGUGAGACCUUAUAUGUGCUUUGACUGCGAAAAGACCUUCACUACAUCCAGUGUCUUAACAAAACACCAGAGAAGUCAUACUGGAGAGAAACCGUACAAGUGCUCACACUGUGGAAAGAGUUUUGCUUGGCCAGGAACCUUGAAAGAUCAUGAGCGAAUUCAUACUGGAGAGAAGCCACACCAGUGCUCUUCAUGUGGGAAGAGUUUCACCAAAACAUCUAAUCUACGGACUCAUGAGAAAAAGCAUUGCCUGAAGUUGUCUAAGUGAGCAAAGUUCACAUUCACAUCCAUGAUUUACAGAUAUUGCACUUACAAAUCAUUUGACAUUCAGAUUGUUUUAAUAGUGAUUUAAUCUAAACGGGUAAGUUCCUAAAAUUAGUAGUGAUGUUAGAAACUAAUGUCAGUUUGUUCAAGCAUUGCCCUUCUCUUUUCACAACCAAUUUGUUAUGAUUUGAUUCAGUUUUGCUUAACUUUAAACACUUGAUUGCAUUAAAUGAUUUCUAAAGUUUUGGUGAAAUAAAAGUUUUUUCUGUCAUUAUUGCAAAA